AGUGGCGCGAGUUCGCGGCUUCCGGCUGAAGAAGAUGGCUGUCUUGCUUUGCUUUUGAAUAGAUGCAAGGAGAAGUAAGCCCCAGUGCUUCUCUUAUUGACAGAACCAUCAAGAUGAGAAAAGAAACAGAAACUAGGAAGGUGGUUUUAGCCUGGGGACUCCUAAAUGUAUCCAUGGCUGGAAUGAUAUAUACUGAAAUGACUGGAAAGUUAAUUAGUACAUAUUAUAAUGUGACAUACUGGCCCCUCUGGUAUAUUGAACUUGCCCUGGCAUCUCUCUUCAGUCUUAACGCCUUAUUUGAUUUUUGGAGAUACUUUAAAUAUACUGUGGCACCAACAAGUCUGGUGGUCAGCCCGGGACAGCAAGCACUGUUAGGGCUGAAGACAGCCGUUGUGCAGACUACGCCUCCCCGGGAUCUGGCAACCACCCAAGUCCCUCCCUCUCCACCUUCCCCUUCAAUCCAGGGUCAGAGUGUGUUAAGUUACAGCCCAUCUCGUUCACCCAGCCCCAGUCCCAAGUUUGCCACCAGCUGUGUGACUGGGUACAGCCCUCAGCUGCAAGGCCUGUCCUCAGGCGGCAGUGGCUCGUAUAGCCCUGCUGUGACCUACUCUCCAGUCAGUGGUUACAACAAGCUGGCGAGCUUUAGUCUGUCUCCUUCUUCCCCUUACCCUACCACUGUCGGCCCAGUAGAGAGCAGUGGCUUGAGAUCUCGCUACCGCUCCUCACCCACGGUCUACAACUCACCUACUGACAAAGAGGACUACAUGAUGGACCUGCGGACUUUGGACACCUUCCUGAGAAGUGAGGAGGAGAAGCAGCAUAGAGUUAAGCUGGGGAGCCCCGAUUCCACCUCUCCUUCCACCAGCCCUACCUUCUGGAAUUACAGUCGUUCUGUGGGGGAUUAUGCACAGACCUUAAAGAAGUUUCAGUAUCAGCUUGCCUGUAGGUCUCAGGCCCCGUGUGCUAACAAAGAUGAAGCUGAUCUCAGUUCUAAGCAAGCUGCCGAAGAGGUCUGGGCGAGAGUGACCAUGAAUAGACAGCUUCUGGAUCACAUGGACUCGUGGACAGCCAAGUUUAGAAAUUGGAUCAAUGAGACAAUAUUAGUGCCUCUGGUGCAGGAGAUUGAGUCUGUCAGCACUCAGAUGAGACGAAUGGGCUGUCCAGAGCUGCAGAUCGGAGAGGCGAGUGUUACCAGCUUGAAGCAAGCUGCCCUGGUCAAAGCUCCUCUCAUUCCAACUCUGAAUGCAAUUGUGCAGUAUUUAGACCUAACACCAAAUCAGGAGUACUUGUUUGAGAGAAUCAAAGAACUUUCCCAGGGAGGCUGUAUGAGUUCGUUCCGAUGGAACAGAGGUGGGGACUUCAAAGGACGCAAGUGGGAUACAGACCUGCCCACCGACUCUGCCAUCAUCAUGCAUGUGUUUUGUACCUACCUCGAUUCCAGAUUACCUCCGCACCCUAAGUACCCUGAUGGGAAAACAUUUACUUCUCAGCACUUCGUCCAGACACCAAAUAAGCCAGAUGUUACGAAUGAAAAUGUGUUUUGUAUUUAUCAGAGUGCUGUCAACCCUCCACAUUAUGAGCUGAUCUAUCAGCGACAUGUCUACAAUCUUCCGAAGGGCAGAAAUAACAUGUUUCAUACAUUGUUGAUGUUCCUUUACAUCAUAAAGACCAAAGAGUCAGGAAUGCUUGGGAGAGUUAAUCUUGGGCUCUCUGGUGUGAAUAUUUUAUGGAUUUUUGGAGAGUAGUCCAUCAUUUUAUCUCAAACAUUUGGACUUUGGUUUAAUUUGUCCUGGAAGAAGUUGGAGCCGAACAUCUAGGAUAAGCGCCUCUUCUGAAUCAGGACGUGUGCUCUGCAGACUUGUUAGAUGUGACCAGAACACACUCGCUGUUAGGAAGCGUCUGGUGAUACAACAGCACCUGUGUUUUCUACCCCACGAAAUACUAAUUCCAUUGGGUGACUCUAAACCUCCAGCCCUGGGCUGUGACCUAGUGCGUCCUCUCCAUUGUGACUCCAAUGAGAAUCGACCCUUCACCCUUCACCCUUCACCAUCACAAACUGUAGUUCAUUGUUGUGUAGUAGUGUAAGCACUCAAAAUGGACCUCGCUAGCUUUCUUUGUUGUGUCUCUGUAUUUCCCCAGUGUUCUACAAGUCAGCCUAAAGCUGAAAUGAAAUUAAUUUCUAAGUGAUGUAGUACUUAAUCCUGCUGAGCCUUCUCCCCAGCCCCCUGUUGGAUUUUUUUUUAAUAUUAAAAGAGAUUUGAUAAUAUUGGCGUCUUGAAAGGUCACACUUGCAUUAAAUUUAGCUGAUAAAAUUAAACUUUAGUUAAAUGUCUGAGGACAUCAAGAAAACUGUUACUGCUUUGAUUAGCACCUCUUUCCUGCCCACUGUGGGAAGAGGGCAUGUGUGCGUGGGUGUCUGUCUGUCUGUGUGCUGGGGCCUGAACCUGAGCCCCUGUCCAACAUCAUUAGAUAUCCUACCACUCCUUCUCUAAGAUCUCAAUGGUAGCCUUCCCAUUUCUGGUUUUUAGGUGGAGGAUAGAGUAUUGGUGCUCCCUCUUGUCUUAGGUGCAUAUGAACUAAUUAGUAGUCACACAUGUCUUUAAUAGACAAAUGAUGUGUGCAUCCCAUUUUGUAUGGUUUGAAUUUUUUUUUUUAAAGUUAAGAAGGUUGACCCUAAGCUUAAAAGGUGAUUUUCAAAAGAAAGGUGCUGUCAAUAGCUCUCAAUAGGUGCUAACGCCCCAUUUAAGAACAUAUCACUUGGGAAAAAAAGUUUAAAUAAACUUAAAAAAAAAAAAUUCAGAGUUUCCAUCUCAUGUCAAGAGCCAUCUAGUAUGGGACAGAAAGGAGAAUUUAGAAGAAAUUUUCAUACCUAAAAAAAAAAGAACGUAUCACUUAACUCACUAAAUAUAAGGACAUGUUCCAAUUUAAAUCUGUGAUUUUGAGAGAUACUGUGGAAUCCGUUGCUGUACUAUAGAGGAUUAACAGUGCAUAAAAUACCACCAACCUUGUAAUAUAUGGUAACCAUCAAAAAAUAUCAGAUAGUAAAUGUAAGAAUACUUGACCGUGUAAAAAGAAAAGUUGUCUGCAUACUUAGUGUG